UAAUCACGGCCAUUCGGUCACCGGGUUUAAUGCUUUCUCUCUCUCUUUAUUCUAAACAGGAGGGAAUAGUUCACUGCAGCCUUCAGCUCAGUUAAAGAUAUAACAUCUACAUCCACAUGAUCAGAUUAAAUUUUAUCCAAGAUCUUUAAACUAAAGCCUGUUGUUUCUCCCCAGUCAGAAAUCAACAGAGCCGAGAACAACUUCAACUGAAUAGCCGGUUAGAAUGCAAUGUCUCCGUCAAGUCCGGUGCGUGACAAAACUCCGGGCUGCAGCUCCAACAUCCAGGCUUCUUAAAGUGACAAACCUACUCAGAUCUGUGAGCACGCUGCAGCAGAAAAAGCAGGAGAUGGCAGACAACAAACCAUGGGUUCUGAUCUCAGAGGUUGGGGACAAGGGUAUCCAUGAGGACCUCGUUGGCAUUAUCAAGCAACACUUCCAGAUCAUCUGCCUCGAGGAGUUUCUACAAAACCCGGCCUUACACGGCCCUAAAAUCCAGGGCAUGUUUAUGUGGUACUACAGUCCUGCGGCCGAGCCUUCCCUGAUGAGCUGCCUGCCGUCACUGAAGGUGAUCGCCAACGGAGGAGUGGGCAUCGACCAUCUGGACGUGCCGUACAUCAACAGCUUUGGGGUGAAGGUCGUCAACACUCCCGGCGUGGUGAGCGACGCCACUGCAGAUAUGGCCAUGGCGCUCCUUCUGGCUUCAGCACGGCAGGUCGUAGAGGGUCACCUGGUAUCAGUUAACCCUAAGAUCACCCAGGCACCACAAAGCCUUAUGGGAGUUGACGUCACAGGUUCAACUCUGGGAAUCAUUGGAAUGGGACACAUCGGGUAUAAAGUUGCUCAGAGAAGCAAAGGUUUCAACAUGAGGAUCCUUUACCACAACAGAAACAGAAGAAGUAUCGAAGAUGAGCAAGCAGUCGGGGCCAGUUACUGUGAGAAACUGGACGACCUGCUGAAAGAGUCCGACUUCGUGGUGGUGGUGGUGAACCUGACCCCUGACACCACCGGCCUCAUCAGCCACAGAGAGCUGUUACUCAUGAAACCCACAGCAACACUCGUAAACGUCAGCAGAGGUCUGGUUGUGGAUCAGGACGCGCUAGUCAAAGCUCUUACGUCUGGAACAAUACGAGCUGCGGCUUUAGACGUGACUCACCCCGAACCUCUACCCAGGAAUCACCCACUCCUCACCCUCCCCAACGUGCUGAUAACACCCCACAUUGGGACCAACACUGGUGGGACAGUAAGAAAGAUGAUGCAGAUGAUGGUGGACAAUGUUUUGGCAGCAGUGAAAGGCUUGGCUGUUCCUAAUGAGGUCAAAGCAAAAUAAGUUCCUCUUCUGGUGACAAGAUCAAGAAAAUAUAAUCUUUUGUCCUUUUCACUUGCAACUUUCACACGUUGACCCAAUUCUUAGACAUUUUGAGCUGCAAUCCUGUCAGUUUUAGUCCUGCUCUUACUCAGGAAGACAUUUAUGUGCAGAAAACAUGUCUCUUCAUAAUAACUUAGAUUUUGUGUGUCAUGAAGCAAGCAUGAUAAAUCCACUGUAUUUUCUUGCCAUUUAAUCACUACCUUUAUUACUAUGCAUAUGAUAAUAACAAAUAAAUAUGA